AUGGAUAUUCGUGGUAGAAAAAUGAAAAAACCGCCUGCUUGCGUGCAGUGCCGUAAGAGGAAGAUAGGUUGUGACCGUGUUAAGCCCAUCUGUGGGAACUGUAUGAAACAUAAUAAGAUGGACUGCUUCUACCCGGACGUUCCUGGACAAUACGUUCCCUCUAGCUCUUCCUCUUCGAACACACGCCAAGUAGCCAGCGGCCCGUACUUAAACUCUUAUUACGCUUCUCGUCGUGUCUCUAAAGAAACCGCUGCACUUUUGCAGAAAAACCCAGAACUGGCUUCUUUGGAGCAAAUAAGAGAAUACAACACGCGUCUGCAACUGCUCAAUGCUCAAAGCCAGCUUAAUAAUAGAUCAUCUGCGGCAAAUGCAACCUUGAACCAACAACACACUCAAUAUAUUCCAAAAUCGGUACCUUCCUUAGAAAGCAAGCCGGUCACCUCUGCAAACGAAUCCUCUAUUCCACUCAAUUGGGUUCAAGGCCCUGCGAUUUUCCAUAUGCUAACCUCUCCUUACACACAAGAUGAAAUCAUCAAUCAUGAAAUGAAUUUCUUAAAAGGCAGACUACUAGAACUGCAAGAAAUUACAGGUAAGAAGAUCACAGGAGUAAAUCUUGAUUUUAAACAAGAUUCCUCAGCGCAAAUGCAGUCUUCACACUCUAAUCGAAACCAAGAGGAGUUUUUGACAAUUAGGAAAAGAAAAUUAGGUGAAGAUGGCAUCACUGAUGGAGACGGUAAAACAAUUCCAGAGAAUGAAAGAAGGCCUCAUCUCAACGAAUUUAAGGAUUUGGAUCCUCAGUUUUUGGAUACUAAUAAAGUUUUUAAUGUAUUCAAUUCCGCUAUUUCGCAAGAAAGUAGGAAUAAGUUAUGGUUGUUACCAAAAAAUAUAAACAAAAGCUCUAUCUUCCAGAUUCAGUAUUUAAUUGAGCGUGACCCUUUCCUAUUCAAAUUCUUCAAAGAACUGAAUACGCUAAUUGAGACACAAUUUAAUGGGCCUCUACACGAUGUGAUAACAAACCAUAACAACAAGGAGCGCAACAGCAGUAUAUCCCAAAUAUUAAGGUUCCCCUCGCAAUCUAUAACACAGAAUCUUGUUAACAAAUACUUAUCCACGAUAACGGAAACGAAUUCGAUAUUGCCAAUAUUAAAACCAAAGAGAUUACUACCUAUAAUUGAGCAGCUUUUUCCAUCUAAUACCAUAAAUAUUCCAAAUUCUAGUGAGUUUGAAACAAUUUUUCAAGUUUUCAGUGUGACCGAUGAUCAACUACUAAAUUUAGGAUUUAUAACUCUCUGUCUCUUGAUUCUUUUUGAGUCAUUGAAUUCUACGGUAUUAAUUCCUCUUAGAGAUGAAGGACACUUGCAAUUGUUCAAUGUAUUAUUCAAUUACUUGCCUUCGUUGAAGUCGAAUUUGACAACAUUUAAAUUUGAAAUUGAAAAAAGAUCGAUGUGCAAUAUAGACACCCUGCGGUUUAUUUCUCUGUGGAAAUAUUACCAAUUUGUGACGACUACAUCGUCUUCGUCCUCCCUUGUAAUUGAUUACGAUGAAGAUAUGCAUAUGGCAUGUGCACUAUCAUUAAAUCAUGAAACUCAAAAUCAAUCGCAUAUUUUGGUCUGGAAUUUCAUAUAUAAGAAUUACUGCUGGAGACAUCUUUUCUUAGGUCAAUUACCAUUGCUAAUGUCUGAACCCUUCACGAACUCUACUCCAAUUAUUGAUCCUUUGUUAAACAACGAUUUUGAAUUGAUUGAUUUCGAAGUGAAUUUGAUGAAAUAUUUGCAAAGUAAAGACCAGCAACUAUCCAUUGAUAAAAUUAUAGAGUUAAUCAAGCUUCUAAAAACCAAGAAUAUUGAGGUCAGCCAAGGAUGUUUAACGACUCCCUCGAUAAUUAAUAAUAUCAUGGAUUCUCUAAUCUACAGAAAUUCAAUGUUAUAUUUGAAUUUUUACCUUUUAUUGCAAUUUGAAACGUUGAGGAAUUAUGCUAAAUUCAAUGAAAUAUUAGAGGAAUUUUUAGAACUGUCGAGAGAGACCUUAUUCUUUGUUUUCUCGAAUUUAGCUAACAUUAAAUUCGCCGGUCAUGAAUUUACAUUCAUUAAUAAAUCUAUUACAGUUCUGCAAGCUUUAGUUUUGAUGCUUCUAGCACUCUACCAAAGAUCCUUUGAAUCUUCGAAGAUGACAAAUGAUGGUAAGGAAACCUGCAUUGACCAAACAGAGAGUAUUCAUGGUAAUAACGAUAAUAAUAAGAGAAUAAAGAACAAAAAUGUUAUUCAUUUAAUUAUCAAUAAAAUUGCAAUGCUAUUAAGCGAUUAUACUAAGAAUUGUAAGAAGCAAAAUAAGCUAAUUGAAAAUUUAAUUACUAAAAUUAAGAUAAUCUCCAGAUAUAUCAAAAAUCUAGAGGAAAACAAAGCUACAUUUACUGCCGAUUUGAAUUAUCGUACUAAUAAUGGAUUUUCCAGCAUAUCGAGCGACCAAUUGAUUAAACUAAAUCACGAACUGAAUAAGAUUUCUGAAUCUCUUAUAAAAACAGAUUUUUAUGAACAGAGGAAAAAUAGCACAGUUUCUAAUGGGACCGCAGGUACUGCAGCACCGAUUGAUAGCGACGCAAACUUAGAUACGUUCGGUUUAACCAAGGAAAAUUUUAAUGAAAUUUUUAAGGCUAUUCGUAGCUGA